AUGAAAAAUCUCCUGCUGUUACUUGCAUCUUUCACGGGCAGUCUCGUCCAAGCCCAGACUGGCGUUACCCAUCCCAUCUCAGAAGAAUGUGGCCCUUCGGUUGUCUGCGUCAAUCACUAUGCGAAUGUGCUUCCCUACCACUUCUUUCGCAAUGUAAGCACAAUGGACGCCGUUACGACCUUCGGUGAUACCACCGUAGCCAACGGCACAGUCCUGCAAGACGUCAAGACCGCAGAUUUCAUUGUGUAUAACAAAGAGAAAGGACUCGAUAUCCUAGGCUCGAACCCGAGCUACGAAUAUGUUUUUGCCGUGAACGAUGCGGUGCAUGAAGCCCCCGUCUACGUGGCAUCGCAGAACAAACUGUACCUCUCGCAGCUCGCGCCGCCGCCAGGCUAUCUUCCGCAGCUGGUUGUCGAUCUCAACCAGGAUCCCCCAACAUUAUCCGAAUACCUCUCUGAUCCACCAGUCUAUGCCCCCAAUGGCGGCACGUUCCAUGACGGCAAAAUCAUCUGGGGCGCAUCUGGCGGCAAUAGUUCAAUUGGCGGGACUGAACAACGCAUCUCCCUCAGAACCUUAGAUCCAGAGACAAAUAAAACAACGAGCCUGGUCAACAAUUACUUUGGAUACUACUUCAACACCAUUGACGACAUUGCCGUGCAUCCCAAGACUGGCGAUAUCUGGUUCACAGAUCCACAAUACUCCUGGUUCAACGAUAUCACAGACACCCCUCCCCAGCUUCCCUGCGCCAGUUACAGAUAUAACACUUCUUCUGGGGCUGUGGUAGUUGUGGACGACUCAAUCGGUCAGCCCAACGGGAUUGCUUUCACCCCAGAUGGAUCUAUCGUAUACAUCAGCGAUACUGCGGCAGUCAGCGCUCCUAUUGAUCCCAAAUAUGGCCAUCCGGGCAGUACGUUUAAUACCACGCAUCGGCGGACCAUCUAUGCGUUUGACGUGAGUGAGGAUGGAGCCCACGCUUAUAACAAACGGGCCAUUUAUCUGGCACCAGGCUUUGUCCCGGACGGACUGAAAGUGGCAGCGAAUGGGUACAUUCUGACGGGAUGUGGUCGAGGUGUCGAUGUUCUUGACCCUUCUGGGGAGCUGCUCUUGACAAUUCAAACCAAUUACACGGUCCAGAAUUUUGCCUGGACGGGCCCGGAGCUGAAGACACUGUGGUUGAUGGGCAAUGGAGGAAUCAGUAAAGUCGAAUGGAACCUGCCCGGCCAAGUGUUGAAAUAG